AUGUACUCGUACCCGGCCGACGACGACGACGCCUCGGACGCCGUCGUCGAGCCAGGCACCUACGACAAUGACAACGAGGGUCAUGACGAGGACACAACCCACCUGUCUCCCACCGAUGGGUACUUCCGCGCGUCGUCUGAAACGGCGACGUCUGGUACCUGGGACAGCGAGGCUUACCGGCCCUCGGACCAUGUACCGUCGUCUCCCUCGAGGGACGUCGACGCCGGCUUCGCUGGGUACACGCCCCAUGUACCCGACGUCUGGGUGCAAGACCCAUCCCUGGUACGGCAGCAAGAAGGCGGCGGCUCCUCCACGGCCGCCGAUAAGGCCAGGGAGGCGGAGGAGGAGAGAUCUGCCAAUGCACCGUCAGGAGCUUUAAAUAGCUCUACUACCUCAGGGAGCACCCCGGCACGAUCUGCUACCGGCUUCUACCACGGACGGCAUCAGCACCUACAGCAACAGCUCCCCUCCGCCGCCCGAGAUAACCUCGCGCUGGCGUACGACUCUCCUACAGCUACAUAUAACACGUCACCCCCGAGCAGCCGCUACGCCCCGAGCUCGAGGGCGGACACAGGUGGUCACUCGCAGUACACGCCGUCCACGUCGAGCAGCGGGCGGUUCUAUCCCCAUCAUCACUACCACCACCAUCAUCAUCAGCAUAGUAACAGCGGCGCCAGCAGCGUAGGCGCAGGGAGCUCCUCCGGCCGCGCCUUCUCCGAGCGAUCUUCUCUGCUCCCGUCCGAGGCGCCGCCGGCUUACACGCCCAGCGCGACGACGACGGCCAGCAACAGCGGCGACCCGCCUACGUCGCCGACGGCACGGGCCGCGGGCAGCACGCACGCAUAUAGCACAUUCCUGAGGUCGCCUGCCAUGGGGAGGAGGGACGAGGCGCGCGGCCUGCUGGCCGGCCACCCGCCCGAGAGCAUGGGCGGGGACCCCGAUGACGUCUCUGGGGGUGACGUGGAGAUGGCGUGGAGGGAGAGGGUGCGGAGGCGCGUGCCCUUUGUCAAUGGGAGGAACUGCCGUAUGGUUGGGCUGGCGCUGGUGUUGCUGCUCAUGACGGUCGGGUUCUUGACUGUGCCAGGCGUCCCCAACGAUAGGGUCACCAGGCCGCCCAGCGACGGCCCGGUGUCCAGUCCAGACGCUCCUCCUUCCGGGAACUACCCGGCCUUCGACGGCGGGCUGGACCUCUUCAAGAGCUGCACGGCGGCCAAAUACGAAUACCCGCUGAAGCAGUUCGGCGUCGACUUCUCGUCCACGCGGGACCUGAGGAUCGAGCAAAAGAUCGACGAGACCGACGACCACGGCACCCGGACGCGCUACAUCCGGACGAGCGGCGACGUGGUGUUCCGCAGGACCACGACGGCCAGCAGCGACCCGUCCAUCACGCUCGAGAUGGUGUCGAGCAGCGACGCCAUCGUGGUGGGGAUCGACUACUCGGAGGACCGGCAGGCGCUCGUCAUCACGACGCCGCGCGCCGUCGCCUGGGACGACACGGACCGCGAGUGGCCCUGCCUCAACGUCCGGGUCACGGUCUGGGUGCCCGGGGACGGCGGCGGCAGCAGCCUCAACAGGCUCCAGGUCGACGUGGUGCACCUGGGCGUCAAGCUGCUGGACAACCUCGCGCUGCGGGUCGGCGACUACACGCGCCUGGGGACCACGGUGGGGCCCGUGGCGGCGGCCGUGUCGGGCUCGGAGGACGAGGAGCGGCUCGCGCGCAGCGGGCCGCCGGCGUCCUUCGCGUUCGACUCGCGCUUCAUCGAGGUCAAGACCACGUCGGCGCGCAUCUACGGCUCCUGGCCGCUGUACGACUACCUCGUGCUCGAGAGCAUGUCGGGCAACGUCCGGGCCGGGGUCGUGCCGAAGCCGGCGCUCGCGGAGAGGCCGCUGCCGGCCAAGCUGCGCGUCAAGACCGUCUCGGGCAACGCCGAGGUCUGGGAGCCCGUGGGCCGCGCGGCCGAGGUCCUGGCGGAGCGGCGGCGGCAGGAGCGCAGCGGGCGCAUGGUCGCGGUGGACGCGAGGCCCGAGGACGUGAUCCCGCCGCGGGACUACGCGGUCGAGGUCAGCUCGACGUCGGGGGACAUGUCGGGCGCGCUGGCGUUUGGCGGCGCGGGCGGCGCGGGCGGCGCGACGUUCCACUCGACCUCGGGCAAGCUGAGCGUGGACCUGCUGCCCGUGCUCCCCGCCGCGCUGGCCCAGCAGCAGCUGCGGGGCCAGCGCAAGCAGGUCGGGCUCGAGACGUCGACGACGAGCGGCAACGCGGCGGUGCGGGUGCUGGAGCCGCUGUGGACGGGCGAGGAUGGCGACGGCAACGCGGCGUUUGUGCCCGGGCCGGUGCCCAUCGGCGACCGGGAUCCCUACGAUGUCCUCCGGCCGGAGGAGGAGGAGGAGGAGGCGGCUGCGGCCAAGGCGGCGCUGCGCGUGCUGCAGGCGCGGCACACGAGCACGUCGGCCAACCUGGUGGUGCGGUACCCCAAGUCGUGGGAGGGGUGGAUCACGGGCCAGUCGAUGAGCGGGACGAUCACGCUGCGCGGGGAGGGGAUCACGGUGGUGCGGGAGGGCAAGGACUGGCCCGGGGUGUACAAGAAGGUGGUGGCGCGCAAGGGGAGCGUGGGCGAGGGCGAGGCCUCGUCCGUGGAGGUCAAGAGCACGAGUGGGGAUUUGACUGUUGCGAUUGGGACGGAGUGA